AUACAAGGCUGCAAAACCAGCCACCAUUCCUCAAAUUCUUUGGUUUGUUUCUUGUUUCAGCCUCUUCUUACAUGACAAGAAAAAUAAUGGCUACUCUCACCUCAAAUCUAAACCUUAGGCCACAACAAUACACUGUUCCCAAAGACUAUCCACCACAUGGUUCUGUAGUUGAGGAAAUACAAGGCCUUAUUAGAGUACACAAAGAUGGAUACGUGGAACGACCGCAAGUUGUUCCAUGUGUCACUGCUAGUACAAUGAGUCCAGAACUAAAUGUGACAUCUCGUGACAUGGUCAUCGACAGUGUCACAAACAUAUGGGCACGUUUUUAUGUUCCAAUUUCCCAACACAAAAAAAUGCCUUUGCUCGUUUUUUUUCACGGUGGAGGAUUCUGUGUUGGAUCAGCAGCAUGGAGUUGCUACCAUGAUUUCCUUGCAAGGCUAUCUACCAAAGUUGGGUGUGUGAUUAUGUCAGUGAACUAUCGAUUGGCCCCAGAGAACCCUCUUCCAGCACCCUAUGAUGAUGGAUUAAAGGCCAUCAUGUGGCUACAUCAACAACACAACAACAAGGGUAGUGGUACUGAAUGGUGGACUUCAAAGUGCAACUUCUCUAGUGUUUUCUUAGGUGGGGACAGUGCUGGUGCUAACAUAGCCUACAACGUUGCCACUAGGCUAUGUGCAUGUGAUGGUGCGGCUUUAACUUUAAGACCCAUGAAUUUGAAGGGUCUUAUUUUGAUACAACCUUUUUUUGGUGGGGAAGUGAGAACAGAUUCCGAGAAAGGCAUGGCUCAAUCACCUGGUUCUGCUUUGAACUUGGCAGCUUCUGAUAGUUAUUGGCGCUUGGCGUUACCGUGUGGUGCGAAACGUGACCAUCCAUGGUGCAACCCUUUGGUGAAGUUGGAGGAGUUGAAGCUCAUGCGUACCUUGGUGUGCAUCUCGGAGAUGGACAUAUUGAAGGAUAGGAACUUGGAGUUUUGUGAUGCUUUGGUCAGAGCAGGGAAAAGGGUUGAGUAUGGGGUGUUUAGAGGUGUUGGACAUGCGUUUCAGAUUCUGAGCAAGUCUCAGGUAGCAAAGAGUAGAACCAAGGAAAUGAUGGCUCGUGUUAAGUCCUUCAUGGCUCUCUGAUUCUCUGUUAAUUUUAUACUCUUCUUGCUUGCUUCGUGAAUCUCUCGUGUAUAUAAAAUUAAAAUUAACUCAAAACUGGUUAUUGUAAAUUGCUAAAUCUUCAAGGAAAUGAGAAGGUAUGUACGUGUUAUACUGUUAAUGCAAUAGAAAGAGUAAAUUAUCAUUUUA